AUGCCGCCUUCUCAGCUCAAACAGCUGAAGGCUUCUCUCCGUGAAAACGGAGUUCUUGGUCCUCAGAAGUCCAAGAAAGAAAAACGACAAAAUGCAAAGACCGGAGUCGGUGCGAAGAAUCGCAACCAGCGCGAGGUCGCCUUGCAAGCCAUUCGAGAUCGAUUCAACCCUUUCGAGAUCAAGACGAUAAACAAAUCCAGCAAGUUUGCUGUCACAACCAGAGACGGUAACACGACCGCUGGAGGUGGCGCUCGCCCAGGUGUUACUAAAUCACUAGGUGAAGAAAGACGACGCGCCACUCUUCUGAAAGAGAUGAACAGCCGAAACAAGAUCGGUGGACUCAUCGAUCGCCGGUUCGGUGAGAAUGAUCCCACCAUGACACCCGAGGAACGGGCCGCCGAGAGAUUUGCGAGAGAGAGCCAGAGAAAGAUGCGGAAGGAGUCCAUGUUCAACCUCGAGGAUGAUGAUGAUGAGAUGCAGCUUACUCACAUGGGUCAAUCUUUGUCGUUCGAUGGAGCGAACCAAGACGACUUCGAGGCCGGAGACUUGGAUGACGCGGAAUCCGACGAGGAAACGUCGCGGAAACGGAAGCGAUUUCCCGAUGGUGAUGAAAACCAGGAUGCGGAUCCGGAUCAGGAUCAUGAGGACUUCAUUGACUAUGGAGACGAAGAACAGCCAGGGCGCAAAAAGACUAAGGCCGAGGUCAUGAAAGAAGUCAUUGCCAAGUCUAAGUUCUACAAAGCGGAACGGCAACAGACCAAAGAUGAUGAUGAAGACCUACGGGAAGCAUUGGAUAAGGAACUUCCUGAUCUUUUCGAGGCUCUGCGGGGCAUCAAGCCUGCAGCCAAGGCGACCAAGGCAGAGGCACCCAGACAGGAUUUCUCAGAGAUGAACCCAGAGCGUGCUGCUAUGCUAGAAGAGUCGCAAAAUAGCAAGGAUCCAGAGAAGGAAUACGAUCAGCGCCUUAGACAGAUGACAUUCGAUCAACGAUCAAGACCCACAGAUCGCACGAAGACCGAAGAGGAGAAGGUGGAGGAAGAGGCUGAGCGGCUCAAGAAACUUGAGAACGAUCGCCUCCGACGAAUGCGUGGAGAGCAGCUCACUGACGACGAAGAGGACAGUAUGGAUCAGGACGAAAUUCCCGAUGAUGACGAGUCGGAAAUUGACGAUGCUACGCAUUUCGGCCUUCCAGCUUACCCUAGCGAAACACGCCCUGAACUUGGCGUCGAAGAUGAAGAUGAUUUCAUCAUCGACGAAGAUCUAGUCGAGACAGAUUCGAAUGCCAGCCUCGACAUGGGUGACAGUGACAUGGAAGGAGAUGAGGAGGCUUCGUCGAGCGAUGAGUCUGACGGGCCAGAUGGGGAGGACGAGCUCAUCAACGGAAUGACGCUGCCGACAGAAGAUUCCGCUGCGGCUUCGACUGCUGCCGAGAUUAACAAGGAAGCAAACGGAAAGCUCGCAUUCACGUAUCCUUGUCCAAAAGACCAUGAGAGCUUCCUGAGUAUCACAAAAAACGUACCUGUCGAGGAAAUCCCGACUGUUAUCCAGCGCAUUCGAGCAUUGCACCAUCCACGGCUUAGGCCUGGAAACAAGGACAAGCUUGGUCGAUUUGCUGAAGUUCUUGUCGAGCAUGUUUCUUACAUGGGUAACGAGACUGAGCAACCUCCAUUUGCCAUUCUGGAGAGUAUCAUCCGUCACAUUCAUUCUUUGGCUAAGACCCAUCCUUUGAAUGUGACAAUUGCGUGCCGAGCCCAACUUCGUGAGAUUGGCAAGGAACGCCCACUCAAUCUAUUACCCGGCGACCUCAUCUUGCUUACCGGCCUCUCGACCUUCUUCCCCACAUCUGAUCACUUCCAUACGACAGCCACACCCGCUCAUCUAUGCCUAGCGCGUUACCUGGGUCAGUGCACCACCGCCUCGCUCACAGACCUUGCAAGUGGUACAUAUGCCGCGAGUCUUUGUCUCCAAUAUCAAAAAACCUCGAAGAGAUAUAUGCCCGAGUUUAUCAACUACACUCUAAAUGCUCUCUGCAAUAUUGCUCCCACGGAACCGACUGUCAAGUUUGGAGCUUUCCCCUACAGAAAGUCACAGGAAUCUGUUCAGCUCGUGCCCUCCAAGAAGGUGACACCUCGCAAGCUGCAAUUCCGCGACGUGACCACUUCUCCUUCUGAUCCCCAGGCGCAGGAGGAGCUUAAGAUCUCCCUCCUCGCUACUCUCGUGUCUCUCCUUGGCUCCGCUUCCGAUAUUUGGGCCGAGAAAUCUGCUUUCACCGAGAUCUUCACACCGGUCCGUGCCGUUCUGCAGCACCUCCACCAAUCCCUCAGAGGCAAGGUAUACUCAGCAGCCCGGGAACCCAUCCAGAGCACCCUGAACAAGAUCGAUUCCCACCUCGCACAAGCUCGUCUUGUUCGUCGUCCGCUGUUUUUGCACGACCACAAACCCUUGGCCAUCAAAACAGCCAUUCCGAAGUUCGAGGAGAACUUCAACCCAGACAAGCACUACGAUCCAGACCGCGAGCGUGCCGAGUCCAACCGUCUCAAGAAGGAGUUCAAGCGCGAGCGCAAGGGUGCCAUGCGCGAGCUUCGCAAGGACGCCAGCUUCGUUGCUCGCGAGCAGCUGCGCGAAAAGAAAGAGCGCGAUUCCGAGUACGAGAAGAAGUACAAGCGUCUGGUUGCGGAGAUUCAGAGCCAGGAGGGCCGUGCUGCCAACGAGUACGAGCGGGCGCGUGGCAGGAAGUAA